AUGGGAAACACUCAGAGAUGCUGGAUCUGUCUGGGCACUGAGGAAGACCCGCCUCCCUCGGACCAGGGAUACAAGUGGAGACACCCCUGCCAAUGUUCGCUCACGGCCCACGAGCUGUGCCUACUGGACUGGGUCCAGGAGGUGGUCCAGAGCCAUCCUGAAAAGGUGGCCGAAUCGGACUCUAGUCGCCACAACCACAGAAUCAUUGUGCCUUGUCCUCAGUGCAAGGCCGAUAUUGUCAUCGAAGACGAAACUCCAUGGCUUCUCUAUGUGCGACAAAAGGUGGAGCAAGGAAUGGGGCAUGCUCUCAUGUACACGGUAUUUGCCACCACAGGAGCUGCAGCCACCUAUUUCGUCCAUUCCACACUCUAUGGACUCGGUGCCCUGGCUAUUCGAAGCUUCUGCACGCCAGAUAUGGCCACAGAACUUCUUCGAAUCAGAAUCACACCCACAGCCAUCGAGAUUCUCCCUCCCACCCUCAAUCAGACCAUGUUGAUUCCUCUCAUCCCUGUGGUUCUGGUUGGAUCUCGGUUUGGAACACACAUGCUGGGCGGCAUUCUACCUCUGGCCCGUCUGGCUUCCGUGCCCCCUCACAGAUACUUUGAUGAUUACCACAUCUUCACGUGGCUGCCGCUCAUGAAGGUCAUUUACGACAAGAUCUACAGCGUGACGGUAUAUCGAGCUCUGCGACACUUUGCAGUCCAGGCUCGCCCUCAGCUGUUCCAGGAGCACACAAAUGGUGUUCCUGUCGAGGGAGAGGACGCCACACUUCUGCUGGAAGAGGAGGCUGCUGCUCUUCAGGCCCAGGUAGAGCAGAACAAUGUGCCUGGGGCCUUCCCUCGGGGCAACAACGAGGCUCCAGGCCUUGCACCCGGCCUGCAGGACAUUGGCCGAGAGCUGAUGCGUCUGCGAACAAAUGGAGACGACGCUGCGUAUGAUGCUGUGAUGCAAACGCUGGUGAAUCGCGCACGUGACGAGCACGGGUUUGUGGACGCAGAGCAGGUCAUGGGAUUCCUUGAGGGCUUCUUCGAUGAACUGACUCUCGAAAAUGACGUCACGAUCGACGAGCUAAUGCUGCGGCUGGAGGAGUAUCGGGAUGAGCGAGAGAACGCAGCCGCUGAAGAAGACAACAACUUUGGACAGCUGGGCCUGUUCAACCGAAUCCUGGAACAGGCCGUUGGUGCGAUUGGUAACAACCAGCAGCAACAGCAGGCUCCCCAGCCUACAAACAGCUCGGAUCCCGAUAUUUCGUGGAUCCUGGGCCAAUACUCCCUCAUCACCCGGGUGGGCAACGCGCUGUUGUUCCCUCUGUACUGUGGAGCCAUGGGAGGACUUCUGUCCGGCAUUCCUCUGGUACGAAACGUGUUCACAACACGUGUCCGACGCAACAUUCUGGGCGGCGUCCUGCUCAUCCUGCUGCGAGACGGAUUUAACAUUGUGACGGCAUAUCUCCGCGUUCGACAACUCACGUCGAAGCGGGUUCGUAACUUUCGGCCCCAACGCCGAGAAGACAAUCCCACUACUAAUCGCCCUCGUGGCAUGUUCCCUCGUGUUCAUUUUACCAUUAGCAAUGUCUGA